AUGGGAAAAAUACGUUGUGGUGAGAAUAGGCGUAUGGACGCCAGUCCUUUUUUAUUUUUGUUUUUGCGUCCAGACGCCGCCGCAGCAACACAGUACAGCGUUGAUGCUGCGACUGCUGCUGGGGCGCCCCCCGUAGGUAGAGCCGAGACGUUAGGGGAUUCGCCCGGGCCCCCAGCUAGAGGGGACUCUGUGAUUCUGUACGGCACUGCUGAGUACUUCCAGCGGCAGCCGCUCAGCGAUGAGUCCGACGAGAGUGACACUUGGUCUCAGAGCGGGAUACACAAUGUAAAUUUCGUACACUUUGGUGCGUAUGGGGAAUAA